AUGAGAUUGUCAAUUCUUGAAGCUGCAAUUCUGUUGUCGGUGUUUUCGGUUGGAAGUGGUGCUGAUAGCACCCUAUCACCUGCUGAUGACCCCUUUUAUUCACCUCCUUCUGGGUAUGAGAGUUCUACUCCGGGAACUAUUCUCAAGUCACGUUCUGUGCCUUCUCCUUUAGUUGGUUUAACUUAUGAGAAAGCCUAUCAACUCUUGUACAGAACUACGUCGGCCACUGGAGGUGCUGAAGCAGAUGUAACUACCAUUAUUGUCCCCAAGGGAACUCCUAAGGAUAUUUUGUUAUCUUACCAGGUACCUGAAGAUGCCAACUGGGUCAAUUGUGCUCCUUCGUAUGGUUUGCUCACUUCUAAUAGCAGCUCAAACGCUGAUUUUCAGACAAUUCUUGACCUUGGUUGGUAUUUGUCAGUCCCUGAUUAUGAGGGCCCUGCCUCGUCAUUUACUGCUGGUAUCAAGUCUGGUUACUCAACCUUGGACAGUGUGAGAGCAGUUUUGGGAUCGAAUAACGAUAGUGGCAUUCCUGAUAGUGUCAAGAUUGGUUUGUGGGGUUAUAGCGGAGGUUCAAUUGCAAGUGUAAGUAGAAUAUUCCAAUAA